AUGAACGGGGAUACUCGGUCAGCUGAUCGUGCAUCGGUGCCUGCCUCUCAGCCGAGUCGUGGAAGCAGACGUAUUCACUGGGCACCUUUGGAUAUUGGGCUUGAGCGACGUCUACAAACAUUCGUGGUUUUAUGUCACACUCUGACCAUUGCCAUCUUCCUGACUAGUUUUUUCUUUACCUGCGCUAUCCCGUUGUUCUGGCCCCUUUUGGUCCCGUAUCUCGUUUAUAUCUCUUUGUUCUCAACUGCUGCCACAUCGGGCGAUCUCAAGGGACGCAGUCAGUUCCUACGCUCGCUACCUAUUUGGAAAGUGUAUGCAUCCUACUUCCCUGCUCGUCUUCGCCGCGAGGAGUCGCUUCCAUCCACCAAAAAGUAUAUCUUUGGCUAUCAUCCACACGGCAUCAUCUCCCAUGGUGCAUUUGCAGCGUUCGGCACGGAAGCUUUGGGCUUCUCCAAACUUUUUCCAGGAAUUACCAAUACCCUGUUGACGCUUGAUGCGAACUUUCGUAUUCCUUUCUAUCGAGAAUAUGCACUUGCCAUGGGACUUGCCAGUGUUUCUCGAGAAUCUUGUGAGAAUAUUCUCAUGAAGGGGGGCGUGGAUGGAGAAGGAAUGGGGCGUGCAAUCACAAUCGUCGUGGGAGGAGCCCGAGAAUCCCUCAAUGCCAGACCUAAUACCCUGCGUCUUGUGUUGAAGCGACGUAAAGGGUUUGUCAAGCUCGCUAUUCGGACGGGAGCUGACUUGGUGCCCGUUUUGGCCUUCGGUGAAAAUGAUCUCUAUGACCAAGUCGAUUCAGACCAGCAUCCACUCAUUCACAGGAUUCAAAUGCUUGUGAAACAGACUCUGGGGUUCACCAUUCCCUUAUUCCAUGCACGUGGGGUUUUCAACUAUGAUGUCGGACUGAUGCCCUAUCGCAAUCCUAUCAAUAUUGUGGUCGGACGACCGAUCCCGGUCAUGCAGCAAAAGAACCGCGACAUGAUCAAUGAUCAGUACAUCAAUGAACUCCAUUCUCGAUAUGUGAAGGAGUUAAUGCGUUUGUGGGAUCAGUGGAAGGAUAUUUAUGCGGUAGAUAGAGAAGGAGAGUUGGAGAUUAUAUCAUGA